AUGGCUUCGUCUUCUUCUCCCACCCGGCCUGUUCCGGGCGCACAAGGGCAGGCAGCCACUCAACAGCGGCUGACAGAGACCUGGGUCAGACUUGUGAAACAAUUGACCAGCAGCAAGGACUACCAAGAUAUUGCCGGCUUGGUCGCUAAGACGGACGUUUUGGCAUUGAGAAAUGAGAAGCUAGAACGAGAAUUGCAAGAUGCUCUCAUCGCUGAGACGCGGAACUUUGAUGCGAUCCAGAAGGUCAAGAAUGAAAACACUGCCAUGAAGGACGCCUGUCUCCAGAAGGCAUCCGAGGUGAAGAUGGCGACGACGAAGGAGUCCCAAGCUCAGUCGCAGCUGGAAAAGGCUCAGAAGGAGGUCGCUGAUCUGAAGCAGGAGCUUGGCGCCAACGCAAGCAAGAUAUCUGAGACCCUGAAAAGCAAGCUGGAGAAAGAAACCCAGAUCAGAACACUCACGGACAAACUCGAGAAGAUGGCAGAAAGUUUCAGGCAGACCGAAGCAGAUCUAAAAAAGACCCAUCAGCUGAAUAUGGGACAAUUGAAGAAGGUCCUCGACACAACGACCGAAGAAUUGACUAACUUGAAGGCGCUGGCAAUGCCUUUAAAAGUACAAACAGACAAGCGGAUUCCCUCGAAGCAACUAAGCACGAUCUUUGACGACGCAUAUCAGUUGGUGACUCACUUCUUCAGCCAACUCGAGCUUUCGGACUACGUCUUCUCCACAGUCUCGUGGGAUAGGCUGACAGAGCUGGAAUGCCUCGAAGGCAUUCCCCUGCCCCCUACAAAUUCAGCUGCCGCAAACCGAAUGCGUGUGGCCGCCGACGAGUAUGGCAAGAAGCGAGCGACGGCGGCGUCCAAGGACGUUUAUGACUCCGUCAGCUUCAUGUUGGACGACAGGAAGGCAUUCGGCCGCGCCUUGCUCGCGUGGUUUGACAAGGUCUGCAACACUUGGCGAUCAUUGCAACAAUUCGAGAAUCAAGGCCAGGCUGCCGUCAAUGGAGCCGCUCCUGAUGGAACCGACAUGAAGCCCAACCCAAACGCCAAACUGGAGCUGGCUAAUAUUGCAGCUCAGGUCUGGCCUGCAUUCCUCGUCAUGACCACGGCUGGCAAAUUGGAGCCCUUGAAGGCCGGGUAUGUCCUCCUCAAGGCUCAAACAGCCGCGGCUGACCAUGAGUUGAGCUCACAUGCCAUUCCGGAGAUGAAUUUGGAUAUUCGCCGUAUGGGCAGAGGUCAGCGAUUGGGGAUCAUUCCCACCAAUGGAGCCAACAACACGAGGGAACGACUCGACACUUUUUUAUACUGA